AUGGAGCUCCCUUCUUACGAAGAAGUCUCAUCUCGCGAUGCCUCUAUUGAUUCUGUUCUGUUGGCUAAGCAAGCACAAGUGCUGCCCACAUACCAUUCUUGUUUCCGCCUGCAUCUAAGUCCACCGUCGGAAUAUUGGGAUUUUUUAUCGCCGCUGCCGAAUUUCCAAGCUGAGAGCCGCCGCUGCAUACGCAGAUUUGCUUGUUCACUGUUCACGCUCCAGAAUAUUUUCACCAGGCACAGCUUGAAAAGAGCUGGAGAAGAAGAAACAAUGGGUGCAUCGGGCAACCCACGGCUCUCAGGAAUGCAAAAACAAGUGCUUGCUCUGUAUAGAGGGUUUUUGCGAGCUGCACGCGCUAAAUCACCCGAAGAACGUACCAAAAUUGAAUCGAUCGUGUCAGCGGAGUUUCGCCAUAAUUCCACUCAGGUUGAUCGCAAAAACUUUCUCUAUAUUGAGUAUUUAGUUCGGCGUGGUAAAAAACAGCUGGACCAGCUAAAGAGCCCAGAUACUGUUGGCCUAACAUCUUUAAACAUUCGUGGUUCUCAAUAA